AUGUCUUCUAACAAAAAGAGAUCAAAAGAAGAUAGUGAUGACGAUCACUCUAAUGAAACUUUUGUUAAGUAUGGAACAGAGCUCCCUGAUAUAACUACUUCAGGUGAACAAGACAGAGGAAAGUUUCAGCCUGUUUGGAAACAAGAAGUUCGCGAUGAACAAGGCUUGAGGCGUUUCCAUGGUGCAUUCAAAGGCGGGUGGUCUGCGGGUUACUUUAACACGGUCGGAUCUAAAGAAGGAUGGAGUCCUUCGACAUUUGUUUCUUCGCGAAAGAACAGAACGGACCGUAAGGAUUUUAAGCCAGAAGAUUUUAUGGACGAAGAAGAUCUCGAGGAAUUGCUAAAAAAUCAAGAAGUUGUUGCCACCGACGAAUUUGAUUCUUUUGGUUCUACAGAACGCGAAUUAGAGAAGAAGCGCAUGUUAGCUAGUUCUAUGGAAGCAAGCGGAAGUGUGUUAGGUGCGUUACCAGACAAAUUUAUUGACGAUUUGGUAUUACCGAAUAAGGAUCCUGUAGGCGUUCGGUUGUUAAAAGCAAUGGGUUGGCGAGAAGGUCAGGGCAUUGGUCCUCGUAUUUCAAAGAUUCAAAACGACGAUUCAGAAUAUCUAGAAUCUGAUACAAGUGCCUUAUUUGCUCCUAAGAACACUGAAAUAAUAGCUUUUGACCAAAAAAGUAACACUUACGGUCUUGACUUUGAUUCUUUCAAGAAUGCUCCUGAAUUCAUUCCUCAAUCUAGCAACAUUAAAGGUGACAGUUAUCUUCAUCGCAAAAAAGACCAAAAUUCAUCCAUACGAGGUAAAGAAUGUUUUUCAAGUUAUUUAUCAUCAUUUUGUAAUAUUUAA